AAGUUCUCCUUCCCUUCCUUACAUCUUAGCCGUGACUACGACACGCCCUCUCCAUCGCCUCCUCCUCCUUCGCGCGUUCGUGACCGAGAAGAAAGCCGCCAGUCCUCCUGGUCGCAGAACGGCUCUUCCCACCAAAUUACGUCCGCUUCACUGCCCACACGUACGUGGACGAAGGAGGAUUUCACCCGAGUCGCCAAUGCCUAUCAAGCUCGAGGCCGCUCUCUCAAGCAUUCCGGUGACAACAGAGUCCGGUCUGCACCACCCGCAAGCUCUUCAUCAGCCCGCGCAGCGGUGCAGCGUGUGGCCAACUACGAACAGACCGAGGCUAUCUUACUCUACAUGUACGCCUUCUGGUGCGAAGAUCAUGCUGCCUCCACUGCAACUGGCAAGGCAGGCUGUAUUGUUUCCAAUUGGACCAGCCUGUCGGGUCUGAUGCACUACGUCUGCGCCAACCACGAGAAAGCCAAAGACUACCCUCUUGCGGGCCUCUGCAGAUUGCUAGAGGCAGUUGUGCUCAGACACGUCGCUUCGCAUGAGCAGAAGCAGCUCAAUGUCAGGCUCUCCAGACUUGUUAGCAGAUCUGCGGCUGCAGACUCGUCCUCGUCUUCCUCUGCCAAUGGCUCGACGCAGCCUGCUGCUUCGCCGGCGUCUCAGGCCAGCCCUCAGAACGGACACGAAACAUCAGCUGCGUCUCCCCUGCUGGGUCUCCAAAGGACUCAGUCCGCUUCGACUCUCCCCACCCUGAGCUCCCUGGCCGGAACCAAAGGCGGUGCCUCCGCACCCACUCUGGACCUCACAGCAAUUCUCACCGACGCGUCCUCCUCCCUCGCCAAGGUCGUAGCAGACGAAGAGCGCUGCGCUCGCCUCCUCUCCGUCGCCCGUUCCGCCCUUAGCCCAGCCGUCCUCUCGGCAGAAUUUCCGCGCACAUGGGAAAAGUGCAAUCGUGUGGGCACAUUACUGGAUGCACUGGCGACGUUUAGGGAUCUGGAUCCGGGGAAGAUGGCACGCUCUGCUGCAAAGGAGGACAAGGAAGGAGGGGACCCACCACAGGCCUCUUGGGCUUGGCCCCUCGAUGCGGGCGCCACUGGCGCGGCAGUCCUUGUGCCGCACUUGGUCAACUUUGCUCGGGCGCUACUGAGAGAAGGAUCAGCUAGGCGGGAUGUGCCUUUUACACUAGCGGCUGACCUGCCUUGAUGGCAUGAGGCAUUUCGCAACGGACGCGCUGCAGUAUUGGAUCUUCCACACGAGGAAUAAGAAAGAGGCAGACAGAAGACGACCAAUGACGCGGUACUAAGCUAGACUCGACUGGACCGGACUGGACCGGACAGGACCGGACCCAAAACCUUUACGAUUACGAUUCGCACUCCUUU